UCGCCCCUCAAAUCUCUCUGCCCUGGGCCACCGCCACCCCCGUAAUCCCUUUCUAAAGUCUGGUCCAGGGCGCAGCAAAGGACAAAGCAAACACGCUAAAUUUGUACCUGUAGACCCAAAGUACAGGUGCAAAUUUAUAGCACAUAUACUGUAAUAAUGUCACCAGUAGUGCAGUUACUUUCCAUUUCAUUAAAGUGAAUUUCGCAGUAGCUUAUCUCUGACAAACAAGCAGUAUUAAAGUCAUAUUUGGCCUGCAGUAAUAAAUAAUCCACGAGCAUGUUCCCUUAUCAGGUAACGGUGGCACUGAUUCAGCUGUGCCUUAAUUGUGUUUCCCUGGGGUACAUUAUAUUCAGCUCAAAUUAUUUAUCGCUAUUGGAGAACAAAUAAAGCACGGUUACAAAAAACAGCUCGGGUGAAUAUAUCUGUCUUGUGAAUAUUUAUAGUUUGUACAUGGAAGAAGGUCAUCGCUUCAUUUUCUGCACAACAUGAAUCCAUAUGGUCUCUGAGUGAUUGUGCCAGCCUCGUUUUAGUCAGACGGUCCCUAACCGGAGGAGGCAGGCUGAGUAGCUGAUGCUGGAUCGCGGAGCGGCAGCAGCAGCUCAGUCAGUCCGUCGCUGCGGUCCAUCAGAGCGGAGCGGCUGGUCAUCAACAUCCUCCUCAACGUCCGCGGAGCUCAGCUGGCCGGAACGCUGCUCUGUGGUUCCGAGCCGUGCUGCCCUCGCAGCCGGUCACGACAGCGGCGUUGGAACCUUCGUGGACAUGAGGACAGCGUCUAAAAGGUGGACCGGGAAUCCCGCACGGCUUCGUUUUUCGCAGAGCGAACGAGAAAGACUCACCAUGACCCGUUCCUUCCCGACCAGUCGCUUCUUCACCGAGGCGCCUCGCUCCCCCUUUGCCUCCCGACGCCCCAAUGCAGGGAUGAGAUAAUAACGCCCAGCAGCCGACGCAUGCCGCUACACCACCACCUCUGUGGCACCUGGAAACCGACACCUACCCCCGUGCCCCGCCCCGCCCCUCCCCCGAGUUGACUCUUUAACCCGACUCAGAAACUAUGACGACGCCGGCUCUGCUGCCGCUGUCGGGCCGCAGGAUACCCACUCUGUCGCCGGGCGCCUCCUCCUUCACGCACCACAGAGCCACGUUGAGGCUGUCGGAGAAGUUCAUCCUCCUCCUCAUUCUCAGUGCCUUCAUCACCCUAUGCUUCGGGGCCUUCUUUUUCCUCCCGGACAACUCCAAGCACAAGCGCUUCGACCUGGGCUUGGAGGACGUGCUCAUCCCGCACAUCGACUCGCCCAAAGAGGGGAAGCACAGCUCAGGUCAGGUGAUAAUUCACGGACAGGGAGGACAUGACGAGAACAGGCACAGGGAGGAGGAGGAGAGCCUACGCAACAAGAUUCGCGCCGACCACGAACGAGCGCUGCAGGAGGCGAAGGAGAAGCUGCGCAAAUCUCGCAAGGAGCUGAAGGCCGAGAUCCAGACGGAAAAGGCCAAAGUCAUCGAGGACCUGAAGAAGAAGGAGGCGGGGCCCAAACCCUUACCGCCCGUCCCCAUGCCCAAGGUCGUCGGGGUCAGCGACGGGGAGCCACCCGAGGUGGACGCCAAGGAAAAGCGGGAUAAGAUCAGAGAGAUGAUGAAGCACGCUUGGGACAGCUACAGACAAUACGGAUGGGGUCACAACGAGCUGAAGCCCCUCGCUAAGAAAGGACAUUCCACAAAUAUCUUCGGUAAUUCCCAGCUCGGGGCGACCAUCGUGGACGCCUUGGACACCCUGUACAUCAUGGGUCUACACGAAGAGUUCAAGGACGGCCAGGAGUGGAUCGAGCAGAAUCUGGACUUCAGUGUGAAUGCCGAGGUGUCCGUAUUCGAGGUCAACAUUCGGUUCAUCGGGGGACUCUUGGCAGCGUACUACCUCUCUGGACAGGAAGUGUUCAAAGUCAAGGCGGUCCAGCUGGCAGAGAAGCUCAUCCCUGCCUUCAACACCCCGACUGGGAUUCCCUGGGCCAUGGUCAACCUGAAGAGCGGCGUUGGUCGUAACUGGGGUUGGGCGUCGGCCGGCAGCAGCAUCCUGGCUGAGUUUGGGACCCUCCACAUGGAGUUUGUUCACCUCACCUACCUGACUGGGAACCCGGUUUACUACCAAAAGGUGAUGCACAUCCGCAAGCUGCUAGCUAAGAUGGACCGACCCAACGGCCUCUACCCAAACUACUUAAACCCUCGCACAGGCCGCUGGGGCCAACAUCACACCUCGCUCGGAGGACUGGGCGACAGCUUCUACGAGUACCUGCUGAAGGCGUGGCUCAUGUCCGACAAAACCGACACGGAAGCCCGCAAGACCUACGACGACGCCAUCGAGGCCAUUGAGCGCCACCUCAUCCGCAAAUCCAACGGCGGGCUCACGUUCAUCGGCGAGUGGAAGAACGGCCACCUGGAGAGGAAGAUGGGCCACCUGGCCUGCUUCGCCGGCGGCAUGUUCGCGCUGGGCGCCGACGGCUCGCCGGACGACAAGGCCGGCCACUACCUGCAGCUCGGCGCAGAGAUCGCCCACACCUGCCACGAGUCCUACGACAGGACAGUCCUGAAGCUGGGCCCAGAGGCCUUUAAGUUCGACAGCGGCCUGGAGGCGGUGGCCGUGCGGCAGAAUGAGAAGUACUACAUCCUGCGGCCGGAGGUCAUCGAGACCUACUGGUACAUGUGGAGGUUCACCCACGACCCCAAGUACAGGCAGUGGGGCUGGGAGGCGGCUCAGGCCAUUGAUAAGUACUGCCGCGUGAGUGGAGGCUUCUCCGGAGUGAAGGACGUCUACUCGUCCAACCCGACCUACGAUGACGUGCAGCAGAGCUUCUUCCUCGCCGAGACGCUCAAGUACCUGUACCUGUUGUUCUCCAGUGACGACCUGAUGCCGUUCGAGAGCUGGGUCUUUAACACCGAGGCCCACCCGCUGCCCGUCCUCCACCUGGGCAACAUCACCCUGCCCGGCAGCGAGCCCGCUCAGCGGUAGGCGCACAGGCUCGCCUCCUCCUCCUUUUCCUCCUCCUCCACAGCACCAGGGGGCGCCACCUUUCUGCUCAACCCAGCCCACCAACCCCCAUCCAACACUGGACAAACUUCCAUGGGAACUCUUCAUCUGCGUCCGGACUGCAGACAUGAGCCAGAGGAGACGGAGACCGACUCUCUGGAUCUCCCUCUCUUCUUCUUCUUCUCCUCCUCCUCCUCCUAUUUCUGUGUCCUCCUCUCCGACUCUCACUAUAGAUCCGUGUGUUCGUUGCUUCAACCAGACAGACGGUGGGUGUGCUGCUCAGCCUUUUCUCGGCUCUGAAUCGAAGAGCUCCAAACGAGAGGCUUUGUUUUUGUUUUGUUUUUUUAUUUGAUUUGACCAAACGUCCUCCAUACUGACUCGAGCCGAGGCCCUAGAAGUGCAAACUGAAGGAUUAUGCUAACGGACACUUGAAGGGUUUGUUUCCCCUCCACGCUAACGGACCAGUGGACAUUUUACAGGGUCUGUUAACGAGAUGUUUUUGUUUUGAGGUUUUUUGCAUUAAUGGAGACACAGGGUUGUAUGAAAGCCCUCCACUCCUCUCCCCCAUGACCCGAACCCGUUUCCUGUUUGAUCAUCAGAUGGUCCAAGACCUCAAACUGUAAUCAAAUCACCUCUUUACAAGCAGGUGAGAACAGCAGUAACCACCUAAUAUAAAGCUGGUAUUUUUUUUGGCUAUGGACCAUUUUGAGAGAAAGUAAUUAAAGAAGAACAGCAGCAGGCCUCCAUGUACCAGUCUUACCAGUUUCUAUCCCAUCCUAAAACCAUCCUGCUGCUGCCGCUGCUACUUCACCGGAUGCUGCUCUUCUUUCCGUUUUCCACAGGUUCCCCCAUCAUCGUCCCGUCACUUUUUUUUUUUUCCUUCCGUCCUCUCUCAGAUUUUCUCGUUUCCUCAGUUUUCAGUGACACCUCGCUUCUUGGUAUACGUGUUUGUGUCGAUGGCUCCGCUUUAAAUCAUUUGUUUGUGCACUUUGUUACGGGAAAACUCUAAGGACAAAAGAGUAGAGUGGUGUAGCACUGAAAGAGGUGAAUAAAUGAUUACAAUACUCCUCGGUGCAGAGCUUUCAUCUACCAUUUUCUAUGUCUGUCCACUAUCUAUCAGUCAUGCUGUUGCUUGUUUCCAUCUUUAUGUGAAAACAAUCCAAGUUUCUUGAUUUGAUUUUAACCUCAACCUCUUCAAAUCCUCAUGAUGUCAAAUUAUUCAACCUUCAGUUGCUUUCAACAAAUGCUAAGCUGCAUAAAACGUUUUAACAUGGUACAAAAUUAUAGUUAAUGUCUCCAGAAAAGUUACAAUAUUUUCUCUUUAAGGCUAUCGGCAUGCCAUUUAAAAUGCUAAAAGCCCUAUACUGUUUUUACAAUUUCUCCUUUGCUUUUAGCUCAUGAUGUUCAUAUUCAUUUCCAUGUUCAAAAUUAAGAAAUAUUUUUGAAAAGUUGUUGCGUACACAACAACAAACUCUCAAUAGUCACCCAUUAAAAGCAGUGAUUGCUACAGCUACAGCUGAAACUCAUCAGGCGGAGAUUUAGGUUCUGAUUUAUUUACUAAGAAAGGGAAAGUAAGGAGGAAUGCUCUUUGAGAGCAGUAGAUUGGAGAUCUAGUAGACUGGCACCCGACUCAGGGAUUUCAAAGCACUUUGUGGUGAGCCCGGCCUGAGAAAGUGACAAAAACCGUAAUACAAAAAUACUGAACUUCUGGCAGCGUUCAAGAAAAGUUGGGCCCUGCCCACAUAGAGAAGAUUUUAGUUGUAUCCGCAAUGAUUCUUUGGAUGUUUAGACCGUCCGUUUCUGGUCUCCCAAAACGCCGGAUCUAUGUGGACGAUCAUUUUUGAAACCAGGUUUCAGAGUCCAUUUCAGUGUUUCCGUCUGACCGUGCCACCUACAUUAGUUUUGAAGCUAUGACGGCGUAGCGCCAUUUCUCUCUCUCUCUCUAUCCAGCACGCGCCUCAUUUCCACAAAUGACAAAUAUGGCGUCAUUCUUUGUUUUUCGCUUCGUUCUGUAGUGGUGUCACAGCGCCACCAUCGGUCUCGUCAUACAGACUACAGCAUUUUCAGUGGUGCUGCUGACACACAUCGUUUUUCUUAACUGUUUACAAAAAUUGAGCGCGUUCGUUUCUGUUUGGACGGAGCCAAAAUUUCUACCGCAGUUCAGACGAGCUUUGUUACCAUGGUAAACACAGGGGUGUUGAAGGACUUUCCUCCAAACUAGUGCGUCACCAGAACACCAAUGUUUCUACUUGUAAGGGUUAAACUGAACAGCAGUGUAGCUGUCAGCAUUUUUCAUUGGUCCCUGUCAGUCUUGUAAACUUUGUCUACAGUUAAUUAUUUUUAUUUUUUCAACAUGUCACCUAAUUCUGAAAGUCAGAAUCGAUUCAGAUUUAUGAUCCAUUGUUUGGCUCAGACGCUACGUGGAGAUUUAAGAAUAUUAUAUGAAUAGAUUUAUUGAUAUAACUCAGUACUAUCAAAGUAAAUCAGAUGUUUUCUACAUAAAAAGUGGCAAACGCCAAUAAACAACAAAAUUUCUAGCCUGAGAACUUUAUGCUCACAAACAACACAUAGCUUUCUACACUAGCUACUUUUUUUUCUUCUUCUUUGGUCGGAAUUGUCUCCCCGUCCUCCCGGCUCUGGGCUGAAGCCAAGAUAUUAAGUGUAUCAAUGUGGUUUGAUAAAGAGAGAUCUUUAAGGAAAGCAAGAGCGCUCACUCCAUCUUUUUUUCCUGCACUGCCAUAUAUUCACCUUAAGAAAAGCCUUUGUCAGUUUUUUGUUUACAACAAGCUCUUUGGUUCCAUGUGACACAUCAUCCAGAUACGGUCGCUCCUCCCCAUUUGAAGUGCUUUAGUACGUAUUAAAAUUACUUCUCUGCUCUAAAAAAAUAUUUUAAAAAGUACUGAUUAUGAUUAAAUUUUACACUUUGAGAAGUUUUACUUGGUUUUUUUUUAGCUCUUUUUAGCCGCUUUUCCAUCCGUACCUCACACUGAGAGCUCAGUUCUUCCUCAUGUCGUCCUUCCAGAGUGUUUUACCGCUGACACAACACUCAGCUCUGAACCUGUUUCUCAUAAAUCCCGUCCCGAGCGUUUUAACAUUCGACGUGGCCGGCGCUUGAACCCGCCUCGUUAAACUGACCCGAAACCGACAGAGGCGAGGAAACGAACACGCAGUCGCAUGGAAUAAAAAAGAAACCCGGACUCGAGCCAGUUGGUGUAAAGCGAUGCGAGAGGGCGAAUAAAACUGAACGAUAUCCGCCAAAAAUGACCCGUGGUGAACCGACCACAGGGGGAAGCGGUUCGGACGCCAGGCAGGAAUGAAUAAACAAAACGGAAACGGGGGAACUCUCCUGUCAACAUGUGUUGCAUAAUCAAAUCAUUUCACUUCUGUUCAUUAUUAUUAAAAUGUUUCCAUUUGAUUAGAGCUCCAAAAAAAAUAUUUUUCCCAUUUCAAAAACUUUCAGCACAGAAAACACGUUUAGCUGAACAAUGCUAAAUAAUGUUUACUUCAGUACGGCAGGACCAGGACCAGAGCAACUUCAUUCCUGCAGCGGCAACGCAAAAAAAAAAAAAAAGUGUACCAUAUACAGUACAGACCAAAAGUUUGGACACAACUGUGUGUCCAAACUUUUGGUCUGUACUGUAUAUGUAUAUGAUACACAUACAUACAUAUACAGUACAUAUAUGUAUGUAUGUAUGUACUCAGCACCGCUAAAUAACAGUGCCUUUAAAAGGUCUCUGUAUCAGUAAACAGUCUACCUGAUAUUUAUGUGACUAAAAUGCACAUAAGUGUCAGCUGGGAUUUUUAUUGCCGUUAUCAUUAUUACUGUUUCGCUCCUUGGUGACGUCAGAGCCGGUCACCCGGGCUUCCCAGCUGCACCUGGUGGUGGUGGCACCGACGUGAAAACCUCAGGAGGUUCACGCGCGGUUUCCGUCGCGGUGACGGAGUGUUUUGUUUCAACACCUGGUUCGGUCUGAUCCUGACCUUUGAACCGCUUUUAAAUUCAGAUGUGAAACCAGGCCAGCACACCGUCUUCAUCCUGUUUCAGCCACAAUGUCCAUGAUGUCAGUCGGUGCCUUCCUAAAGUGUCGAUGCCCCCCUUGAACAUUUUUACAUUUUCUCUUUUAUGUGAACUUUAAUGCCUUUUUUUAGUGCGUAAUUGUGAGGUGGAAGGAAAAUGCUACUCUGUUCUGUUUGGUGUUUUGAGGCGUGUCGCUAUCAGCUUUAGCCAUUUGCUCUUAAGCUCAAGUCAGAUUCUGUUAUAAUGUCCAUAGAGAUUGUUUAGGAUCAUAAAUGUGACUGAAAAGCUUAUAUAAAAUACAUAAAGCGAAAACUUUUCAAAACAAUAGGACUUCUAACAGAUUUUUCACUUUAUUUAAAACACUCUAUACAUAUUAAUUCCUUGUUCCAUAUCAAAUUAAUAUAUUACUGUAUAGCGGUCUAUUAAUAAAACGCAUAUAAACACAUAUAAAACCAACACUAAACCUUAGUGACACUAAAUAAAGCUAUCAGAAUUUUGCAUAAGAUAAAUCUUAUAGAACAUACUAACAAUAAUCUAUUCUGUCAAAUAUCUUCAAACUAAUGGAUUUGGUUUAUUUAAAAAUGCGACUAGUUGUGUUUAAAGCUAGAAAGAGAUCAUUGCCAAUUAAUUUCCAAAAAGUUAGUUGUCUUAAAUGGAAAUAACAGAAGGAAACUGUUUAAAACAAACUGUUUGGAUGAGGAGAUGAAAAGUGAUUUACUAUAAAUCCAUUCAAAACAAUUACUGAGGAAAAAUGAUUCAGUCUUGUACACUUCUUAUUUAAUAAUGAGAACCAUACAUUGGUUUCAACUGAUGUUGUUGAUUUAUUGUAUACGGCCCUGAAAAUUAAUUUUGUCAUUAUUGAGAAAGAGGCGGGUUUAUCCUGCUUCCUUUUCAGUGUUUUCAGUUUUCAAUUAAGAUUCUUGAUUGCAUUACAUGUGACUAAGUCAUCACUGCAAAAAUACAAAAUCUUACCAAAUAUUUUUACUCCAGUUUGCAGUGCAAACAUCAUAGUACAACUGAAAUACGACAAAACUAACUCACAAGCAACUUUUCAGCAAGAUAGGAGCUUGUUUUAAGUCAAUAAUUACUUCACAUUAAGUUUUUUUUAAGUACUAGUUUCACUGGCAGAUUAUCUCACGUAACACAUGGAAAACAUUUCUUUAAAAAAUCUGCCAGUACUUUUUUAAAUAUCAGUGUUAUGUAAUUACUGACUUAAAAUGCCGAGUUGGACUAAAUCCUGGAGCGGAGUCCUGGAGCGGAGCGCUUCUAUCUGAGAUUUUAGCUGCAUAAUGAUGGAAUCCGAUUUAUUUCUUGGCCUGAUGUCUAAUCGGACCAGUUUCUGAUGUCCGUAUCGGAUCAGGAUAACCCUAAUACUCCACAUAAAUAUCAGAUGGACUGAUACGGAGACCUUUAAAGACACUGUUAUUUAGCGGCGCUGAGUACAUAUACACUUUUUUUUUUGGGGGGGGGGAAACGUGUUUAGAACCCAGCAUAACAUAACUUUCCCUUUGCACUUACCAGAAGAUACCGCAGUAAAACUCUUUUUGAAGUUUGUGGCAACGUGUGAAAAAGUUCUGGGGGUGUGAAUCCGUUUUUUUUAAGGCACUGUAAGUAUUUUCAUCAAGCUGGAUCCGCUCUGCUCUGCUCUCUCGCUCUCUCUUUGUGUCGAUUUUCCUUCUGAUCGGUUCAGGUAAACCCGGCCCAGAUUUCAACUCUAAAUCGGCGUUCUUCUUUGUGGAUAACCAGGAACAGAACUUGAGAUUUUUAUUUUUUAUUUUUUUCCUUUUUCAAGAAAAUAGGCGGCAGCGCAGCGAGACGUGGUUACAUUAUGUACACAAGUUAGCAGCUGCACCGUAAAAGCUGAGGAUUUCCUCUGAAGAUUUAAUUGAGGCGUUGAAACCACCAUUCUUCUCUUCCCCCACUCGUCUCUUCCUUCUCUUUUUCAUGUGUGCUCAUCGUUAAACCCGUCGAUAGAGUUGAAUUCAUUUCAUUUCACCCAUCGGUCACUUCACUGAUGCAGCACAGACUUUGCUCUCUCCUCCCCCUAAACGCCACAUCAUCACCACCGAGUCCAUCCUGAGGAGGAAACCAUCAGGUCGCUGCAGCGGCAACGUUGAUUUUGACAAAACUGAGUGUUCUGUAUUUGUAUUUUUACUGAGCUACAAAGUAAGAUUAAAGUAUCUGUAAAUAUGUUUAAAACUGAGACACAUCCAAUAAAGAUGUUAUGAAAAGUGA